AUGGGCAGACAGUGGCUUUUGCUGCUGCUGCUGCUAUUAAUUGGGGAUGGAGCCCUCCAUCUUCCUGGCAUUAUGACAACCCGGGGGUCAAUUACAACAUCCUCCAUGAACGACUCUGAAGCUUCGGGAACUACAGAGUAUUCCUGCACAACUUUAUCCAACAGUGGGAGAGACGAUGGCCCUGCAGUUUCAUCUAAUGCUUCACCAACAAUCGGGAGGACAACAGUGUCUAAGACCCAGCAACAUACAACACCAGUUGCGCCUCUAAGUUCAUCACCAACCGGCAGCUCUGCUGGGUCCACUGAGCAGACAAGCCCAACACAUGAGAUUCAGGAGGAGAAAUUAAAUACAGUUAUCACCACAACUUCUGAGGGCAGAACGCUGCCAAGUUCCAUGAUGACUUCCACACUGAAGGCCCAGGAAGGAACAUCCAGAAGCACAGCCUCAUCCAGCAUGGCCACAACAGCAAACCCCUCGAAACAGAAGCAGCGUGCUCCAGCUGCAGCCCCAUUCACAUCGAGAUCUGCAGCCAAUGGACUGGAGUCCUCAGUGGCAACUGACUCUUCAAAAUUAGCCACGAUCACAACUCCAGUGGCUUUAAACACAUCAGGCAUUGACGUUACGUCAUCAGGGUCCAUAACAACCACUGUCUCUGAGAUGUCAGCUACAACAUCCCGAGUGACAUUGGACAAAACCACUGAUGCAAUAGAAUCUUUACCUGUGACCACCAGUGCUGUUACUCACACUAUUUCACUAACCAUGACCACCCUGGAGACAAUUGUUCCUGGAACAAACAUGCCUGGGACUCAGGCAGGGGUAACUACAGCUGCACUCUCCACCCCAACAACAUCCUCCACGACAAGCACAGAGUCCGAAAGACAUCACAACACCGUCAUGCGAACACCUUCCCCUCCGAUGGAAUCAGCCCCCAGUGCUGGGGCUGCCACGACCCCGUCACCUGAGACAACAGCUGCUCAUUCAACAACCCUUACUCCCAUUUCCCCAGGGACAACAAAAUCCUCUGCCAGGACUGGAGUCAGUCAAGUGUCCCCCAAACACACCGGGAGCAGCAGUCCUGGAGCAGAAAUCUGUGCUUUGGAUGAGUACCUAGCUGACAGUGGAGGUUGUAUGUGCAAUAACAGCUACUAUGCCCACUCAGAACUAUCCGGGGCAUUGGUGGCUCUGCGCUGCCAGCCACAGAAAAUUGAGGUGGUCCUGAGCAGCUGCUUCCUGAAGACUCGCCACUGGGUCCUGGGGGAAGGCACCUUUUCAGGAUGCUCCAGCGUCGGCAAGUCAGAGGAGGGCCGCAGAGCCCAGGUCUUCACCGUGGAGAAGAAAGAGCGUUCUUGUGGACUCCACCUCUCUAUCAACAAGAGCCAUGCCCUUUAUUCUCUGGAGGUGCAGCUUCUGAAAUCUCAUCCUGAUGCUGCCAAUAAAACUGACGUCAUGAUGCUCAGCCUCAGCUGCACGUAUGCUCUGGUGGUGAAUGUCACUCACCCCAAACCAGUAGUCUCUUUCACAUAUAUCACCAUCCAUAUUUCCGGCACUGGGGACACCAUCAUCAUCCUGGGCAUCUACACAGACCCUCAGUGCUCAUCUCCACUUGAGAACAGACCAGCUCCCCUUCACAAGCCUCUCUACGUGGUCCUCAGAGCGACAAGCAGAGACCCAAAUAGAUUUGCCCUGGUGGUCAAUGAGGUCUUUGCCAGCACCAGCAGCUCCAGGACUGGUGCUGUUAAGGCCACCCACUACUUUGUGAAGGGAAGCUGCCCCGUCAGCAAGCGGCUGCUGGAGGGCCCGCGGGCCAACGGGGCCUCCCUGGAGGUGAAACUGGCCUUCAACCCGUUCCACCUCUUGCCCAGCGAUGCGCUCUACCUGCACAGCCGAGUGACCCUGUGUGACAAGCAGGCAGGACGCCCGUGUCCACCGACCUGUAGACAGAACAGUCCGCCUAGGAGGAAUCGAGCCUGGGAGAUCUCAACCCGAGAGGGCCUGGAGAGCGGCACUGGCUGGCUGGUGUUCGGGCCCAUUCGAUUGAGUGAGUCUAGUGCCUCCAGCAGCAGGAGUCUGGCAGGAUCCUGGAUGGCCAUCUUUAUUCUCACGAUGAUAGGCUGGAUGCUAGGAUAA